CACACACACACACACACACACACACACACACACACGGGGAUACAUACAUGUUACGGACAGACAGACAGACAGACAGUACGUGACAGCACAACAGCCUCCGUCGGACCCAAGUUCCCGGGACCCGUGUGCGCGCCUCCCCGCCGAGCGCGUCCCCCCGAGCGGCCUGUGUUCAGCGCGCCGGUCCGGUGAGCAGCCUCCGCGGGACGGACACACCGGCGGCUCCGCGAUGGGUUCGUCCGCGGCUCUGUUCUGCUGCACCGCGGUGGUCUUGGUGUUGCUGAGUUCGGCCUCCGAGGAUGAUUUCAACUUGGAGCAGCGUGAGGUCACCUUCGACGAAAUCAUACAAGAGAUGGAUCAACCUCCUUCCUUCAUGUUGCAGACAGAAGUGGACUUUGCAGAUAUCUUUUCAAAAGAUUUACCAGAGCAGAAACUCGUGUCCCCACCAAGCAAAAAUGACAGAGGUGGAUCCGGGGUCUUGAAACGCAUAGGAAGUCGUCCAGAUUUCGGGCCCCGGUCCUUUGGUGGUCCUCCCAUUCUGGACUACGAAGUUAAGUUCCCACUCGGGCGACCAACCACUGACAAUCUCCAAGCCAUCUGUGUCAACGGAGACCGCCGUCCCCGCUACCCAGAAUCCUACUUCCCUGCCUCUGCAUUCGGCCAGCAGAAGCGGAAGGCCAGCGCUGUCAACAAAGCCGAGUCGUGGCUCAGCGCGUGCUGCAGAGGAACCCAGACGGAGGAGACGCUGUGUUGCGCCACUCAGGCGUGGGAGCUGUCCAUCCAAUCCUUCUGUGAGGAAGCCUCGUCGAUAAAGGACCGUCUCUAUCAUUGCUGCAAACUGAGCGGCAACGACAGGCUGACUUGUUUCCAAAAUGACGCUCCGAACCCAAACUACGAGGCAACAGAGGAGCUACCGGUUCCACCGGUUCCCUCCACAGACGUCUUCCACUUUGACCCUAGCACUUGCCGGAGGAAAGAGAUGACUCCUAGAUCCAUGGGGAAGAAACCGUCUCCUGCUUCCCAGAAAGUUGACAUGAGCUUUCCUCCUGGACGACCCACCUCUGACACCAUUGAGACGCUGUGUCGCAAACAGAAACGGAGCCCCCUCUACAAAAGGAACUGCCCGACGGGUGCUGCGUACGCACAUCUGGCUCGCCAGGCAAAGACCAUUAAACAAAUGGAAACGGGAUUCAAACAUUGCUGCAAAAGGAAGCAGUCUGCGCUUGACUGUGCUGAUCAGAAGUGGCGCGAGGAGCUCGACCGGUACUGUGUGGACAAAGACGGUGGGCCGGUGGAUUCCCAAUGUUGUGCGAGCAACGUGUCAGAUGAGCGGUACAACUGCUUCCAAGAGGUUUCCCCCGACCGACAUUACAACACGACCUCUGCCACUGAAGAGCUCUCCCUUGACAACAUCUGUGUCAUUCAUAAGAUACUCAGUAAGAAGCUCCCUGCUGGGUUUCCUCUUAAGAGCUUUGUGAACCAAUGCUGCCCCCUGUCUGAAGAAAACAAGACUGCUUGCUUUCAGCAGAAGCUUGAGGAGGUAGCAGAGAUGUGUUCAUCUGGGUCUAUGAGGAGCCGAGCUGUCCGUCGCUGUUGCCGCACCUCUUCACCAGAGUCUGUACAAUGUUUCUCCAAAAUUGUCAUGGAUGCCAUCUCCCAAUCAACUAAUCAACUACGCAAAAAAAAGAAAAAGAGAUGCCCUUUUUCUUAAACAUUUUUGACCUUCAAUCAUUCAAUGGGAACAUCUAAAUUACUGUAACAGAAUGUGGUACAGAUUUUAGCUUCAUGUGCUUCUCACUGCCAAUGAUAAUUGCUUUGUAUUAUCUGGAAUCACAUUCAAAUUAUCACAAGAAUACAAUCAUAAUGAAAACAGAUUUUUGAAUGCUUAGUUUGUAAAGUCUUUAGCCUGUGUAACCACUACUUAUUAUAGGCUUUCCUUUACACAUUUGAUCCUUAAUGCAUUUUAUAGUGUCAUUUGGAGCUGCAAGAUCAGUUUUUAUUUCUUUAAAUUUGAUUUUGUGGUCAUAUCUACAAUUAUUCUGGUAAAAACAUUCUCAAAUGUACCUGCUGUGUUGUUUCCUUUCUUAUUACAAGCAUGCUUAUGUUGUUUGUUUCACCAGCACAGGUGUGCCUGGUAGGCUACAAUGAGCUGACAGAAUAAUAAUAAUAAUAUAACAUACAUAUAUAAGGGAACAAAAUGUGUACUGACGUGUUCUUUCAGGUGGACGGAAGUCAAAAUAUCACUUUGAUUUCCACAAAUAAUAAUUUAAACCCAAUCAUUAAUUUGAUUUGAUUAUUGAUGAUCAGUUGUAUGAACAUUUUGUUUAAGAUGUCACUCAUGUUUUAAUAUUGUCUUUGAAUGCAACUCAUACAGCUUUUAACGUCUGCCUAGUGACAUUAGACAAAAGCUAUAAAUGAUAUGGUUUUAUAUUUUACAUGAACAACAUACAGUUGACACUGGAUCAAUCCAUCAUCAUAGAACAAUGGAAUGCAAAGCAAGAAUGACUAGAAAUAUAAAGUACUUAAUGGAAGCUUAACACAGAAUAAACGAAUUUGAAAUUAUGACCUUUGGUUAAAUUAUUAAUAAAUAGUACCUUGCAAAUGAUA